AUGGUUACAUUAAAUAUUCUAGAUUUUAUUCUUUAUGAAGCUCAACGACAAGGUCGUAUAAGUUUCUAUAUGACAAAUUAUGGUGAAGAGGCUUAUAUCGGCAGUGCUGCUGGUUUAGAUAGCCAAGAUGUCAUUUUUGGUCAAUAUAGGGAAUCUGGUGUGUUAUUAUAUCGCGGAUUCACACUUGAUAAUUUUAUGAAUCAGUGUUAUAGUAAUGAAAAGGAUAUAGGAAAAGGUAGGCAGAUGCCUGUACAUUAUGGCUCUAAAGAGUUGAACUUUCAAACAAUCUCUUCACCAAUUGCGACGCAACUUCCGCAGGCCUCAGGUGCUGCGUAUGCGCUUAAGAGAGCCGGAAAGAAAAAUUGUAUUAUGUGCUAUUUUGGUGAAGGUGCUGCAAAACAAUACAAAGGAGAUGGUAUAGCAAGUAGAGGAAUUGGAUAUGGAAUUGACACAAUACGCGUUGAUGGAAAUGAUGUCUGGGCCAUCUAUAAUACUACCAAAGCUGCACGACAACUCGCAGUUGAAGAACAUCGCCCAGUUUUGAUAGAAGCAAUGACAUAUAGAGUUAGCCAUCAUAGUACUUCUGAUGAUUCCUUUGCGUAUCGUUCCAAAAAGGAAGUUGAAUAUUGGAAGCAACUUGAUAAUCCAAUAGUUCGGUUUCGCAAGUGGCUAGAGGAUAAG